AGUAUUUGAAUUACACACAACAUACAUAUAUUAAUCAUAAUUAAUUUGUUUAAAUUACUAUAUAGUUCAAAUACUGUAUUUAUACAUACAAUAUGCCAACUACCAUAUCUAUACAAUUCAAUACAUAUAUAUAUAUAUAUAUUAAAAAUAACUUGUAUAAUUUCCAAAUAUAUAUAUAUUAUUUUCGAAUUAAAUUCAUGCAUGCACAUGCAUCAGCUAAUAAUUAUUUACGUUUCUAAUAUGUUAACUUUUCUAUUUUUGCUGUAAUUAUGUUUCCCUUUAAACGUAUGUACGAAAAUCUUUCCUUAUUCAUUAAAACACUAGUUUGCGUCUUCUCCAAACACUCGUUUGCUUCUUCGCCAAGCACCCUAAUUAAACCUGUCUUCCUCUAUAAAGAAUAAAAUCAAACACUCUUCUUCUUGUUCAAUUAAGCUUGACAUGGCGUACAGAAGAUUGUCAAAGUCUAUUUCCCUAGCCAUCAAGGCUCACAAUGCUUUGUCGAGAAGACCCUCUCUCCUCUUCCGUUCUCGCGCUCUCUCUGCCUCUGCUCACCACUUCAGCACAAGUUCCUUUCUUCUCCGGCCAAGUUCCUUCAUCGGAGCUCCCAAUAACGGCAUAAUUACUCCAGCCACUCUAGCCGCUCCUCGUAGUGGCCAACUGUUACCUCUUUCUCUCCAGCUCCAGCUCCCUUCUCCGCGCCGCUUCAUGUCUACGGUUCGUGGUCGGUUGCAUGUAGAUCUUUUUCAGUGUCAGUGUUUCGAUUUUAAUUUAUUAAUUCGAUGGUCAUUGGUUUUGUCUUUCGUUAAGGAUGGAGAUAAAGAUGCACAUGAAAAGUAUGAAAAUGCACUUGAAAAGUGUGGAACUGAUUUAACUGAGAUGGCUAGACAAGGAAAGCUCCCUCCUCUAAUUGGACGUGAUGAUGAAAUUAAGCGCUGCAUCCAGAUACUAGGCAGGAUGACAAAAAGCAAUCCUCUUAUCAUUGGUGAACCUGGUGUAGGAAAGACUGCUAUUGCAGAAGGGUUGGCCCAGCGAAUUGUAAGAGGAGAAGUCCCUGAACAUCUCUUGAAUCGGAAGGUGAUAUCUCUUGACAUGGGUUCGUUGGCUGCUGGCACCACAUAUCAAGGCGAAUUUGAGGCGAAACUGAAAGCAUUACUCAAGGAAAUAACUGCUUCCAAUGGGAAGACACUCUUGUUCAUUGAUGAAAUCCACACUCUCGUUGGUGCAGGUGCUUGUACAGGUUCAAUGGAUGCGAGCAAAAUCUUGAAACCAAUGCUUGCAAGAGGUGAACUGCGAUGCAUUGGAGCAACAACGCUGACCGAAUACCGCAAAUACAUAGAGAAAGAUCCAGCUCUGGAACGUAGGUUUCAGCAGGUGUUCUGUGGCCAACCAUCUGUUGAAGACACCGUCUCUAUACUUCGUGGGUUAAGACAGCGGUACGAGAAGCACCAUGGUGUUAAGAUAUCAGAUUGUUCCCUUGUUUCAGCAGCGGUUUUGUCAGACCGCUACAUCACUGAACGCUUCCUUCCAGACAAAGCUAUUGAUCUGGUAGACGAAGCUGCUGCAAAGCUGAAGAUGGAGACCAUUUCGAAACCAACUGAACUCGAAGAAAUAGACAAAACUGUGAUCAAACUGAAGAUGGAGAAGCUUUCUUUGAGAAAAGAUUCGUUUAAAUCAUCUGAAGCUUUCUUUAAAAAGGAAAAGGAGAUGGAGAAUGAUUUGACCAAGCUUAAGGAUAAACAGAAAGAAAUCACCAAGAAAUGGGAGGAACUCACCACGCAAUGGGACGAAGACAAUUUUGUCACUUUUCGGUUUAGGGUUUACAAAAUGCGUAUAUGCACUCCUAAACACUUUCAAUGUCUUUUUUUACAGAUUGAUGUAUCCGCUAAACGUGAAAAUAGUCUAAACCGUACUGCUGAGCUGAAGUAUGGAACACUUAUGUCCCUCCAAGGCCAGAUAGAAGAAGCUGAGAAGAAUCUCACCAAGUCUGGAUCCUCUGAACUGUCACAAAUCAAAGAAGGCGUAACCGAUCGCCACAUAGCAGAGAUAAUAAGCAAGUGGACAGGUAUUCCACUAUCAAAUCUUCAGCAAUCAGAGAAAGAAAAGCUGCUUCUCUUAGAAGACGUGCUUCACAAGAAAGUUAUCGGUCAAGGAAAGGCUGUAGAAUCAAUAGCAGAUGCUAUCCGCUGUUCAAAGGCCGGUCUCUCAGACCCUAACCGCCCAAUAGCAAGUUUUAUGUUCAUGGGUCCAACAGGGGUUGGUAAAACCGAGCUUGCCAAGGCCCUAGCCGGAUACCUUUUCAACACUGACAACGCGAUUGUGAGGAUCGAUAUGAGUGAGUACAUGGAAAAAUCCAACGUCUCGCGGCUCAUUGGUGCAUCUCCUGGCUUUGUCGGUUAUGAAGAAGGUGGGCAGCUAACCGAAGCUGUGCGCAGGAGACCUUACUCGGUGGUUCUGUUUGAUGAGAUCGAGAAAGCCCACCCUGACGUCUUCAAUAUCUUGCUUCAGCUACUAGACGAUGGAAGAGUAACUGAUUCUCAAGGGAGGACGGUGAGUUUCAGAAACUGCUUUGUGAUAAUGACGUCUAACAUAGGAGCUCAAAGUAUACUCGAUACUUUCCGGGGCAAUGAAGACCGCAAAGAGGCUGUUUAUGAGACGAUGAAGCAACAAGUUGUGGAGUUAGCAAGAAAAACUUUCAAGCCAGAGUUUAUGAACAGAAUCGACGAAUACAUUGUCUUCCAGCCUUUGGAUACAAAAGAAAUAUCCAAAAUCGUGGAGAUUCAGGUAUGUAAUUUAUUUUUAGUCUUUUUAGGUUUUACAUAUUUUUAGUUUUUUUAGUUUUGGUAUAAAUGAAUUGUUUCCAAUGGGUGCAGAUGAGACGAGUCAAGAAUAGGUUGGAAGAGAAUAAAAUAAAACUUGAGUACACACAAGAAGCAGUGGACCACCUUGCUCAGCUAGGGUUUGACCCCAACAAUGGGGCAAGACCGGUGAAGCGAGUGAUUGAGAAGAUUGUGAAGAAGGAGAUCGCCAACAAAGUUCUGAAAGGAGAAUUUGCUGCGGAUGACACUAUUCUUCUCGAUGUUGACCAGACAAGCAAUGAACUGGUCAUCAAGAAGCUCGAGAGUGAUGCUCCUGUUGAAGAAAUGGCUGCUUGAUCUUACAAACAAAGUUAAGAAGAUUUGAUUACAUGAGCAGAUCAAGCGAACGUGACAACAUGUGGCAUACCAUUUUAGAUAACAAACUUUUCAACCGAAUGUGCAUGGGGCAUUUCCUCAAUUUUCAAUAAAACUAAUGAAAAUAUAUUUGCUCCACCCAA